AUGGUGGGACGAGUGGCCGUCUGGCCUGGCUGGCCCGUCGACCCGAGGCGGUCGGCGGGGCCGGCGCCUCACCGGCCGCCGCGGGGCGCCAUAACUCGCACACGCGCGCCCGGCUCUGCGCGGCCCGGCGACCGACUGACGGGUUCCUCCCCGCCGAGCCAUCAACCUACAAACGGCAGGACGCGCCUCCGCCGGCCGGCUGCCUCGAUACCGACAUUUCCACUCAUUGCAUCACAGACGCGCACUAACUAA